AUGGAAGCGUACGCGGCAAUGCCGUCGCCACAGACGAAAGCCAUGGGCGUGGUGGACAGGCUCAGCUACGAGAUAUUCUCCCUGCUCGAGAGCAAGUUCCUCUUCGGCGGCGGCGGCGGCGCCGGGUGCCUGUCCUCCUCCGGGCCCGGCACGCCGGCCAGAGCGUUUCUUGACGGUGGGCGCGUGCGGGUGCUGUCCAUCGACGGCUGCGGCGGCGCGGGCGCCGAGGACGCGCUCCUGGCGGCCGCGGCGCUCGCGAGGCUCGAGGCCGGGCUGCGGGAGCAGGCCGGGGACCCCGACGCGCGCGUCGCCGACUUCUUCGACGUGGUUGCGGGCGCCGGCGCGGGGGCCGUGCUGGCCGCGAUGCUGUUCCUGAGGGGCGCCGACGGGCGGCCGCGGUACACGGCGCAGGAGGCGCUCGCGUUCGUCGCCAGCAGCGUCGGGAGGAAGGAGAAGAACUGGGGCGGCCGGCGCGGGCGGUGGGCGAAGCUCUUCCGCGGCUGUCGGCGGGGCGGGGACCGCAUGCUCCGCCGCGUGUUCGGCGACGCCACGCUCAGGGACACCGUGGCGCCGCUCCUCGUGCCUUGCUACGACCUCGCCACGGGCGCGCCCUUCGUGUUCUCGCGCGCCGACGCCGUCGAGAGCGACAGCCUCGACUUCCGCCUCCGCGACGUCUGCGCCGCGACCGGCGCCGACCGUGGCGCGCUCGCCGACGUGAGGUCCGUCGACGGCCUCACGGCCAUCGCCGCGGCGUGCGCGGGCGUGGCGGCCAUGGGCAACCCGGCAGCCGCCGCCGUUACGCACGUGCUGCACAACAAGCUGGAGUUCCCGCUCGCCACCAGCGUCGAGGACAUCCUCGUCUUCUCCAUCGGCACCGGCUCGUCCACCACCGUCUCUAGCGGGCCGAAGCCGAACACGCCAGUGCCGCCCACACGCGCACCGUCACCGCGGGAGCUGGCACGCGUCACCGACGAGGGUGUGGCGGACAUGGUGGACGAAUCAGUGGCCAUGGCGUUCGGGGACGCGUGUGGAAGCAACUAUGUCCGUAUCCAGGCCGGCAGAAAAUCGGCGCCUCUCCGCGCGGAGACGGCGGUCGCUACCGCAGAGGCGAUGCUGGCGCAGCGGAACGUGGAAUCGGUGCUAUUCCGCGGGCGGAGGCUGUCGGAGCGGACGAACGCCGAGAAAGUGGACACGCUGGUGACGGAGCUGGUCAAGGAGCAGGAGCGGCGGAGGAGCAGCCCGUUCCCUAACGUGGCCAUCAAGCAGGUUGCUACGCCGCGGCUGUCGUCGGCGACCACCGCAUCAUCGGGCACCACGACGGCGCGGACAACGUCGUCGAUGCCCUCGCCGGCGUCGUGGGAUUCUCGCCGAUAG